UUUUCUAUCCACGCCCGGCGGUGGCGGCUCAUGCCCUUUGUUAAAAUAUAAUUUAUUAAAAAGUUUAAUGUUAUAUACGAAAACAUGGACACCAGAAAGCUGACGGAAAUUUUGCGAGCUACUAUUGAUCCUAACCAAAGGCAACAAGCAGAAGAACAGCUUUCCCAGAUUCAUAAAAUAAUUGGAUUUGCUCCCUCUUUGCUGCAAGUGGUUAUGCUUAAUGAUGUUACAAUCCCUGUCCGUCAAGCUGGAGUUGUAUAUCUGAAGAAUUUGGUAACCUCGGGUUGGUUAGAGAAAGAGGCAGAAGAUGGAGAGCCAAUACCAUUUAGUAUUCAUGAACAGGACAGAGCCAUGAUAAGAGAUAUCAUUGUGGAUGCCAUAGUACAGGCACCUGAUAUAAUCAAAGUUCAGCUCUGUGUAUGCCUCAAGACAAUUAUUAAACAUGACUUCCCAUCACGAUGGACCCAAAUUGUUGAUAAAAUACAUAUUUACCUACAAAAUCACGAGCCAAACAGUUGGAUGGGUGCUCUCUUAUGUCUUUACCAACUAAUAAAAUCCUAUGAAUAUCAUACUGCUGACAAAAGGGUCCCACUUAUUGAGGCUAUGAACCUUUUACUACCUAUGAUGUAUAACCUCAUUGUAAAUCUCCAGGCUGAUCAAUCUCCAGAAUCUGUUACCAUACAAAAACAAAUACUUAAGUGUUUCUAUGGUCUCAUAAAGUUUAAUUUACCACUGGGUUUAAUCACAAAAGAAAUAUUUACGAAAUGGAUGGAAGUUCUCCGUUCUGUAAUGGAGCAGCCUGUCCCAGAACACACUUUGCAGGUUGAUGAGGAUGAACGCAUGGAACUUCCUUGGUGGAAAUGCAAAAAAUGGGCAGUUCAUACCCUUUAUCGUUUAUUUGAAAGAUAUGGAAGCCCAGUAAAUGUUCGAGAUGAAUAUGUUCAGUUUGCAGAGUGGUACUUAACUACUUUCACUGGUGGGAUAUUAGAGGUUCUUCUCAGAGUUCUGGAUCAAUACAGAAACAAAAUCUAUGUGUCACCACGUGUACUGCAGCAGACCAUUAGCUAUAUUGAUCAGUGCAUAAGUCAUGCACAUUCUUGGAAAUUACUGAAGCCUCACAUGUUUGCUAUUAUUAAGGAUGUGCUAUUUCCACUUAUGUCCUACUCUGAAGCUGAUGAGGAGUUAUGGUUCUCUGAUCCCCAUGAAUAUAUACGUAUCAAAUUUGAUAUAUUCGAAGAUUUUGUUUCUCCCGUAACAGCAGCACAGACAUUACUCAUAUCAUGUUGUAAAAAGAGGAAAGACAUGUUGGAAGAAACUAUGCAUUUAUGUAUGCAAGUCCUCAGAAACCAGAAUGGUGAAUAUGGACCCCGCCAAAAAGAUGGUGCUUUACACAUGGUGGGAACACUUGUUGAUAUCCUUAUAAAGAAAAAGUUUUACAAUGAAGAAAUUGACCCACUCCUCAGCGAAUUUGUUAUUCCUGAGUUUCAUAGUCAGUUGGGUUACAUGAGGGCCAGAGCUUGCUGGGUGCUUCACUGUUUCUCAAGUAUUCGUUUCAAGAGUGAAAUGCUAUUGGUAGAAGUUGUCCGUCUCACAGUUAAUGCUUUCCUUAAUGAUACUGAGCUGCCUGUGAAAGUUGAGGCGGCUAUAGCCAUACAAAUGCUACUGACAUCACAAAACAAAGUCCAUAAAUUACUAGAACCUCAAGUUAAAGCUGUCACCACAGAGCUUCUAAAUGUAAUUCGUGAAACAGAAAAUGACAACAUUGCUAAUGUUCUGCAAAAGAUUGUACCUUUGUACACAGAACAAUUAAUGCCAAUGGCCUAUGAGAUAACAGAUCACUUAGCAACUACAUUUAGUAAAGUUAUUGAGACAGAUUCUGGAACUGAUGAAAAGGCUAUCACAGCCAUGGGUCUUCUAAACACUAUGCAAGCAGUACUCACUGUUAUGGAAGAUAACCCAGAAAUUAUGUUGCAGCUAGAAAGUACAGUUCUUCGUGUAGUUGGACACAUUUUACAUCACAAUAUUAUAGAAUAUUAUGAAGAAGCUAUGACUUUAUUGUGUAAUUUAACUGCAAAAUCAAUAUCCAAAGAUUUAUGGACAGUUCUUGAGAUGUUGUACCAGGUGUUUGAAAAAGAAGGUUUUGACUACUUCACAGACAUGAUGCCAGUAUUGCACAAUUAUAUCACAGUUGACACAAAUGCUUUUCUCUCCAAUGAAAAUCAUAUAUUAGCUAUGUUCAAUAUGGUUAAAGUGAUCCUAAAUUCUGAUGCUGAAGAUGAAUCUGAGAUAUAUGCAGCAAAACUUCUAGAAGUAAUAGUCUUACAAUGUUCUGGUAAAAUAGAUAAUUGUUUACCAUCAUUUGUGGAACUAGUUCUUAGCAGACUUACAAGGAAAGUUAAGACUUCAGAACUUAGAACAAUGCUACUGCAGGUGCUCAUAGCGAUUUUAUACUGCAACCCUCACCUCCUGUUUACGAUUCUGGAAAAACUCCAAGAGUCUGUGCCGAAUGCCUCAAUUACCCAACACUUUAUAAAACAAUGGAUACACGACACAGACUGUUUUAUGGGUUUGCACGACCGGAAGCUGUGCGUGUUGGGCAUUUGUACUUUACUUGAGAUGGGCCCCCAGAGACCCAAUCUAGACGAGGUAAUACCAAAAUUAUUGUCCUCGUGUUUGGUGCUGUUUGAUGGUCUCAAGAGAGCAUACGAAGCAAGAGCCGAAGCUGACGAAGACACGUCGUCUGAAGAAAAUGAUGAGGAAGAAGAUGAAGAAGUUCUUUCAAGUGACGAUGACGACGUUGAUCAAAUGACAAACGAAUAUCUUGAAAAUCUCGCACGAAUGGCGACAAAGAAUAGCAGCCAACAGGGCGUCAACCUUACUGCGAAAAUAGAAGAAUAUGAGAGUGACGAUGAUGAUGAAAGCUAUGAGCCAGAUGAGACUGCUAUUGAAUGUUACACAACACCACUUGAUGAGAAAGACUGUACCGUGGAUGAAUACAUAAAAUUCAAAAACACAUUAUCUGCACUAUCAACCAAUGAACCUACAUUGUACCAUGCUCUGACAAGUGUUCUGACUGAGGAACAGAGGAAACAAUUACAUGCAGUUUUUGUACUAGCUGAUCAACGCAAGGCACAACAAGAUAGUAAACGGAUUGAACAAAGUGGCGGUUACUCAUUUACGGUUCCCGCACAAGUACCUACAACAUUUAAAUUUGGUUCAUAAUUACAAUGUUGAACAGACAUACAUAAAUUAUUUAUAAUUUUAUUUCAAAUUACUCGCCAUUGAAUUAGCAUUAUCAACAUUUAGCAGUCAAAUGAACAGUUUACAUAGGAGGAGAAUAUAUGCAACACUGUUUCAGUUUUCAAAUCUAAUUAUGAAUACCUACUAUAAGGUAUAAGUUAUAUAAUUGCUCUCAGUAGAUAGUGUGUAGUGUGAUAAUGUCAUUAAGCUGACAUAGUAAAAUUGUUAAAGCAGAUAAAUGAUGUUAUAUUCAAUUACAUAUUUUGACAUUUUUAAAGAUUUAUGAUUUCUAGUGAUCAGUUUUUAUUAUAUUAACUGUUAAAACAUUUUUUUUGGAACAACAGUUACAAAUACAUAUUUUGUGUGGGUUUAAAUAAUUUGAUAUUAAACAAGACCAAUCCUUGGUGUAAAUUGGCUUAUGAACAUAUGUAAUACAUGUAUUAAUAUUUUGUAGAUGUCAGCAAAUAUUCUUGUAACUAAAGCGAUUUAAAUUUAUCACUAUUCUAUAGUUUGUGAUAUUUUGGCAUGUAACAAGAAGAAAGUAAAGUUUGUAUAUUAAAUAGUAAGUUAAAAAUAAUUUCUUUUUAAAUGUAUUUAAAAUAUAUAAGUGAGACAAUUACUUUUUUGAUACAUUUAUGCAUAUUGAAUAUGUAAUUUGAGGUCAAUGAUUGCCAUGGAUCACCAAACAAAGAAGGAUUAUUAAGUUUCAUAAAUUAGGCAAGUUGAAAUGUGUAAUGUUUAAUUUAAAUAUAUCUGCUUGUCAUGCUUUACUUCUACACAUGCUUAUCUGGACGACAGGAUUUUAUCUGUGCCCUUUGCACAUAAUAUUCAAAUCUGAAUAAUUGAAUGUCGACGUGUUGCAAAGUUGAUUUCUGUGCUAAAAAUAAAAAUAGCAAAAUUUUAUACAAACCA